UCUGUUGAGCUUCGGCGGCCAUCUUCUACAGCCGAAAUUCCAGUUUAAAGCGGAAAAGGAAGAGAAAGGGAAACGGUUUGAAGUUGUUUUGAGAAGACAGAACGAAAAGUCAAAUGUUUAGAAGGACUGUCUGUUAAUACGUGUUUGGUUGAGUAAGACAGGAGUCGAAUUUGACUAGAAAUAGGCGAAAAGAUGUCGGACGACGCGGCGAGAGAAGAUGCUUGCAGAGAGUAUCUAUCGUCUCUGGAAGAUUUGACUUUCAACAGCAAACCUCACAUCAACAUGCUGACCAUUCUCGCCGAGGAGAACCUGCACUUCGCCAAGGAUAUCGUCGCAAUAAUUGAAGCACAAAUCGCCAAGGCACCUCCUGCAGAGAAGCUUCCUGUUUUGUACUUAGUGGAUUCCAUAGUGAAGAAUGUUGGAGGCGAAUAUCUUGCAGUGUUCGCUAAAAACCUAGUCGCUUCAUUUAUUUGUGUUUUUGAAAAGGUUGAUGAGAACACUAGAAAGAGUCUGUUCAAAUUGCGUUCCACCUGGGAUGAUAUUUUCCCGUUGAAGAAACUUUAUGCAUUAGAUGUCCGAGUGAAUUCUUUAGAUCCUGCUUGGCCAAUCAAACCACUGCCACCAAAUAUGAAUGUAAGCAUCCAUGUGAACCCUGAAUUUUUAAGACAGACUAAAGAAGUAGGAUCUCCCAGGCCCAGUACACCACAACCUCAAAGCCACGUAGUGGUGAGUGAGAAGAGUUUGACCCAGGAACAAGUAAUCAGACAGCAGCUGCUUGCAAAGCAGAAACAAUUGCUUGAGCUUCAGCAGAAGAAGAUAGAGCUAGAGCUUGAACAAACAAAAGCCCAGCUGGCUGCUAAUCAGUUGGUAUCAGCAACUAGUUCAUCUGUUAGUGCUCCAGCCCAUCCCAGUGUUGGUGAGAAGGCUAAUCCAUUGAUCACUGCACAGCCUGGUAAACCCUGGCUGCCGCCAGCAUUAGACAGCAAGGUUUCCAUGAGAGAUCCUCGCUUGAACAGAGCCGGACAGGCAACUCCCUUUGUGAAGGAACAAGUGCCAAAUAAAAAGGAGAGUCAUGGUUUGGGAGGUGCUAUUAACCCAUCAGAUAAGAAAGCAAAUACAAUGGCUGACAAGCAAGGUAGACUGGAGCUUCCCAAGACAAAGAUUCCCAAAAAGGACUUUUUAUCUGAGGAAAAGCAGAAAUCCAAAUCACUGUCCCCACUGAAUAAGUGUGUUCAAGGAAAAAGUAAAAACACUGAACUGGAAAAUGUAAAGGGGGCAGAAGUCAAUAAGAAGGAUCCAAGGUUACGGAAGCACCUCCACGAUAAGGUAGAUGUGAAGGAGGAUGAUGGUAAGGAGAAGAAAAGAGGUUCUGAGAAAAAAGAGAGGGACGAGUCUGCCAAAGCCUCCGAACACAGAUUCACAGGCACACGAAGCAAGCUUGCAAAUGGUUCGGUAAACAAGCAUGAGAGAGCUGAGACUCUCGAGAAACAGGACUCCAAAUCCAGCAAAGGGAAUGUGAGGAAAAGGUCUCGCUCGCGUUCACGUUCACCACUCCUGCAUUCUCCCAAAAGAAAAGACAGGCGGUCACCGAAGAGGAGAACAAGAAGUAUUUCAUCAUCUCCUCCUAAGUUUGGGAAAGGAAGGCAGGCAGGGGGCAAACAUUCACACACCGACGACUUCUCGCAGCAUGCAAAUACAAGAGAAGAACGAACUACUCCAAAAAAGAACACAAGUGAGACGAGGAGACCAAAAAGAUCACUGGAGGAAAGGCCUGUAGAAGCCAGGGACACACAUUCACCAAGGUUACCCUCAGAAGUGAAAGAACACGCCAACAAGAGAUGGAGAAGUGGAUGGGAAGAAAAUAAACAUCUGAAACAACCUGAAGAGAACCUUCCACAUGGAAAAACGGGUCCACUGAGGCAUAAACCAUCCUGGUCAGGCAAUCAAAGAGUUGCUACUCCUCGCACACCAAAAUCACAUCGCCUGAGUGUUGAUGCUAACCUGCAGAUACCAGAAGUGCUCAAUUCUGCAAGCAAAAGAGAUCUUCUGAAAAAGGCUAGCAAAAGGCUUGCUGAUGGUGAAAUAUCCCAUGAUGACUUUCUUGAUGUGGCCCACCAAAUUAAGCAGCUCUUUCAGUAUCAAGAGGAGAAGCAGAGAUCUGACUCUUGGGAGGGACCAAGUGAAGAAGGACAGUUUGUACCCAAAAAGAAGCCCUUGCUGGCCACGCCUCCAUCCCAGCCCGGAAAUCUUUCGGAUGCUGAAAUAACUUACUAUGAACAUAAAGCUAAGUUGAGAAGAACACAGGUCCAGCGUCAAGGUGGAAGGGAUCGCCAGUCACCAUAUAGUGAGAGACAACAGCAUCAGAGACCACCACCGUAUGAGGAAAACGAUCAAGGAAAAAGUGGUUCUGAAGUGCAGAAGAGAUAUGGAGGAGUAAAUGAAGCUGUGAAACUCGAAGAUUCUGUCAACCAGCCAUGCUCAAGGCAUGAUGAACUGAGAAAAAAUGACAGACCCUCAAAUUCAGGUCUGCCAUUCACAAAAAAAUCACCAAGUCCAGUCAACUUUGAGGGACUGUCUGGAAAAUCCCCAGUAGCAGGAUUUGAAAGUCCAUCUGGCUUAGACGCAGACAACCACCAAAUAUCUGCAAGAGAACCCAGCCCCAGUCAAAGGUUUGACAUUCCCUCUGGCGGUGAGCAUGCUGUGACAGGAUCUGAUGAGGAUGUUCAUUUGAAUGUGGACGCCCCUCCAAGGCAUGAUGUUCCUUCUGGACCGGCGAGGAGUGGACAGCCAGGCCAAAUGCUGUGUGAAGCUUCAGGGCAGACGCCACCUCAUGCCUCAGAAGGUCCUGUUUCAAGAUAUGAUGGAGCAAAACACCCACACAGAUUUGAAGGUUCAAAGCCUUUGGCAUUUGAUGGCCCAAGUCACAUGAGCCAGCCCAGAUUGGAAGGACCAGCACGAUCUCAUCUACAAGGGCGAUUUGAUGUCAAUCCAGGCCCAGGGCGAUUUGAUGGCCCGUCAGGGCCUCAUGGUCCUUCGAGAUUUGAUGGACAACAUCGGCAGAGCCCAAGCAGAUUUGAUGGGCCUCAAGGGCCUGGACGAUAUGAUGGCCCACAGUUGCAUAAGGGUCCAGAGAGGUUUGAUGGUCCUGGUAGAUAUGACAGUGAUAGAUCUAUGCAACCCGUUCCAGGACGAUAUGGUGAGCCACAGGGUCAUGGAAGAUUUGAUGGGCCUCAUGUUCAGCAAGGAACAGGUAGAUAUGAAGGCCCGGUGGGACAUCAAGCUCCAGGCAGGUUUGAUGGGCAGGGGCCAAUUCGAUUUGAUGGACCGCAGAUGCAACCUACUAGAUUUGAUGGGCCAAUGAGGUUUGAUAAUCCCCACGUGCCUCAAGGCCAUGGGAGAUUUGAGACACCUUUGCGGUUUGGUGGUCCACAGGUUCAGCAAGGACCAGGUAGAUAUGAUGGGGCUCAACAAGGACCAGUGAGGUUUGAUGGUCCAGUUAAUCAGCCAGCCGCUAUGCGUUUUGAUGGCCCUCAAGGACAGCUAGGACCCAUUAGGUACGAUGGACAGCCUCAAGGUAUGGCACGAUUUGACUGCCCACCCAGUCAGCAAGGCCCUCCCAGGUUCUGCCCACCAAAUUUACAAAGUCAACAGAGGCCACAAGGCCCACCCAUGUAUGAGUCACCACAGGGUCAGGCCUCAUUGGCUAAUCCUGGUGGACAGCAGCCAUCAAACUUCAACAUAACUAAUCACAGGUUCACAGAGCCUCUAAAUGUCUUCAGUGGUGCACCACAACCUUUUCAAGGACAGCAAAACAUGUCUCAAGGAGCCAAUUUCAACGUGCCACCUGUUCCAGGAGCAACAAGUUUCCCCAAUGCAUACAUCAGACCUGUGUCAAAUUUUUACAAUCCCGGUGCUCCAGUUGUCUCUGGGAGUGUGAAUACAGCAGUUCCAGGUGGAAGUGUUCCACAACCUAUGAAUAUGCUGUCUGCCCUUGGAAAGCCCCAGAUACCAGCACCUUACAGCCAAGGUCAGCCCUUCCUUCCACCACAGAACUCUGUGCCUUUCAAUCAAGCAGGUCCACAGUUUGGAUCAUCUGAAAGUCAUUUUGGUCAGGUGGAUGUUAACGAUUUGUUAACAAAGCUGAUUUCUACUGGAAUAAUUAAGCCACCGCAGAGUGACACAGCUCCAAGUGAGUCAACUGUAGCCCCUCAGUCACAACCAGCGGCAGAAGAGGAGGAGGAAGAGGAGCAAGAUGAUGAUCAAAAUGUCCCUGAUCUCACCAGCUUUGUGAUUGAAGACAUGAAACAGAGAUACGACAGUGUUAUCACCAAACUGUACACAGGAAUACAGUGUUACUCCUGUGGGAUGCGUUUUACUGCCUCGCAGACGGAUGUGUAUGCUGAUCACUUGGAUUGGCAUUACAGGCAAAACCGAUCAGAGAAGGACAUCAGCAAGAAGGUCACGCACAGGCGGUGGUACUACAGCCUUACAGAUUGGAUUGAAUUUGAAGAAAUCGCUGAUCUUGAGGAGAGGGCAAAGAGUCAGUUCUUUGAAAAAGUCCAUGAGGAAGUAGUGCAGAAAACUCAGGAAGCUGCGAAGGAGAAGGAGUUCCAGAGUGUCAAAGCAGCUCCAGACGUUGUUGAUGAGUCUUGCGAGAUCUGCCAGGAGCAGUUUGAGAUGUACUGGGAGGAGGAGGAGGAAGAAUGGCAUCUGAAAAAUGCAAUCCGUGUUGAUGAAAAGACGUAUCACCCAUCAUGUUACGAAGACUACAAAAAUACAUCUUCAUUUGUGGACUGCACUCCGUCUCCCAGCAAAGCCCUUGUGGAAAACCCUUUAAAUGCAUUUAUCAAACAAGAAAAAGAUGACCAGCUCUCAUGUUCCAGUAUUACACAAGAAACGGACGCGCAGGGUACCUGUGCAGAAGAAAAAGUUGAAGAGAGAGUUCAGGUUAAGUUGGAGGCUGAAACACCAGCCAGUGCAAUUAUUUUUUAAAGAUGCUGCUUUUUUUCCCCCCGUUUUUUUUAUUGACGAGACAGUACUGUAAUUUCUUUUUGUAAAGAAAGAGAUAUUUUUUAUAUUGAUGAGCUCUGAGGCAGGGUCCUCAGCUAUGCACACAUUAAAUACAUUUUUGUAUUUGGUAUU